AUGUCCGAAACAGACGGUACAGCUGCUUCCUUCAUUGAACCUCCCUCGAGCGGCGACGACAACGACGACAUCGACUCGUUGCCCUCCGAACCCGACUCCGAUGAAGUCACCGUGAGCGAAGAGGAAGAAUAUUCAGAGUCUGACGCGGAGAGGGAGUGGAAGGAGAGCUUGCAGCAGUUGGAGCUGCUCCUGUCCAUGGUGAUUGUCCCCUAUGUCGGGAAAUAUUUUGGCAGGAAGUUUGCCUACUGGGGGUGGAAACAACUCAUGGAAUGGAAAUAUCCGGUCGAGAUUGUCGUGACCAACAAGGCCGCGUUCAAGGGAAUCGGCGCUAUAGAGGCCGCGGCUUCUCUAUAA